GGGCUUUUUUAAGCCCAAAAUCAUAAAGCCCUUUGGGUCUUCUUCCUCAUACUUUUUUGAAUUGUAAAACCCCACUGGCAAGCAGCGAAACCAAAUCGUAAAACCCUAAAUUUAACACUUGGUGUCGGAGCAAAAAUGGAAGACCCUCCGGCGGAAUUCGGAGAAUGCAGCAAAGAUAGUGAGGUAGCUCCGGCCUUGAUAGCGGUUCACCCUUCUCAGGAUUCGGUAGCCGUCGCUGUGGGAUCGGACCUGCGGGUGUUCGACCUCCGUCAGGGUGGUGCUGUUUCUUUAGAAGAUAAUUCCUCCUCAGGAUCUCUCCAUAAGGAUUCCAUCAGAGCAAUUCGCUAUGGAGCAAAUGGGAAGCUCCUUGUUUCUGCUGGUGAUGAUAAAGUCGUCAAAGUAUGGUUGACCGAGUCUUGGCGCUGUAUUACGACUGUGUGCUCGGAGAAAAGAGUCACUGCUGUUGCAAUAAGUAAUGGUGGUCUAUAUGUUUGUUUUGCCGAUAAAUUUGGAGUGGUUUGGAUUGUGAAACUUGAUGGGCUUGAUGGAGAAAAUGUUGUCAUUAAGAAGGCAGAUCCAAUGCUUUCUCACUAUUGUAGUAUCAUCACCAGCCUGGAGUUUUCACCAGAUGGCAAGUAUGUUGUUAGUGCUGACCGCGAUUUUAAGAUUCGGGUGACUGUAUUUCCCAAGAAGCCUUUAGAUGGAGCUCAUGAGAUACAAAGCUUUUGCCUUGGUCAUACAGAGUUUGUCUCUUGCCUUGCCUUUGUUUGCACUCAGGAGUACCCCCAGGGGUUUCUUGUCUCUGGAAGUGGUGAUUCAACGGUUCGCUUGUGGGAUAUUCCUUCAGGAUCUCUUCUUAAUACUUGCGAAAUUGGAGAAAAGGCAGGACUGUUAGAGUCAAAUGAUGGAGAAACGGAGUGUUGCUCUGCUGUCACAGAUCUAUGCACCAGUCUCGAUGGUUCACUUGUUGCUGUUGCCGUUCAAAGCUUGCAAGGGAUAGUAAUAUUAAACUGUGAUCUUUCGUCGAGAACACUCUCUCAUGCCAAGGUGGUUUCAAUUUGCGGAGGGACAUUCAUUCCUACUAGCUUGAGAACUUGCUCUGCCACAGGGUUAUUGUGGAUGGUUACUGGUGUAUCUGAUCUGCAUGUUUCAGAACACCCCUCUUUGGCCCGGGUGAGAGUUAUCUCUGGUUUCAGGAAAAGCAAUCCCGACUCUCAUCAGCACGAGCCACUUUUGCUGGAAGAUAACGAGAUACCUGCAGGGACAAAACUGCUCGAGAAACUUCAGGGAAGUUUAUCGUAUAGUGAAGAAGAUUUCUUGGCUGCUGCUGAAGCUGUGAAAAAAGCAAUGAGCAAUCUUCUAAUAAAAAAGCAAUACUCCGCUGAGAACCGAGAAUUUAGGAAGAGAACUAGAAAUGACAAGAAAGGCAAGCCAUGAAAUGAAAAUAGAAACCACCACACAAGUUGUUUUCUUUCACUGGUUUUUUGAGAAAUCAACCAGUUUAAAAUUUUGUAGCAUUGCUUUUGCUCUUCGAAUAGAAAAGAAAAUGUAUUCUGAGAUAAUUUAUUAGUUGGUUUUUUAUGUUGUAAGCUAUUUGUUUUAUUA